AUGAUCAUUGACAAUACGAAUAGUAGAAAUGAUCGAAUUAAUAUACCAAAGAAUGAACACGUAAGGGAUGAUAACGCAGGUAAUAAUAAUGUAGUAAGUAUAGAAAAAGAAAAGGAUAUAAUUAAUGCGAACAAUAGUAAUAAUAUGAACAUUGUCAAAGAAGAAAAUAAUUUUUCAAAAAAUGUAAAUGAACAUACGACAUCCAUUAAAAGAAUUAAUGUUGAAAUGAACAAUAAAAAUGAAAAAAAUAAUAACGAGAAAGUGUGCAAUAAUGUUAAUGAGACUAUAAAUGGAAUUAUUAUGAAAAAUAAAAAUAAUAACAAUAUUUGUAAUGAUGAUAAUAAUAAAGAGAAUGAUGAUAAUAAUAAAGAUAAUAAUAAAAAUAAUGAUAAUAAUAAAUAUAAUGAUAAUAAUAAAAAUAAUGAUAAUAAUAAAAAUAAUGAUAAUAAUAAAGAUAAUGAUAAUAAUAAAGAUAAUGAUAAUAAUAAAAAUAAUGAUAAUAAUAAAAAUAAUGAUAAUAAUAAAGAUAAUGAUAAUAAUUAUAUUGAACCUACUUCUACAGAUGGGCAUAUAAAGGAAGAGGGAGAAAAGCAAAAUGAUGUCGUAAAUGAUUUAAGUGAAAAUAAUCAAAAUGUUGAAAAUAAACAAAGUGGUGACAACAACCAAAAUGUUGAUAAUAGUCAAAAUAAUUCAAAUAAUGAGAGUGCAAAUUCCAAUCCUGAUAAUAUAGAUGAUGGGGUUGAAAGUUUUAACAGUUUUUUAUUAGAAGAAGAUAUAAAUUUAUCAAGACGAGCUUAUCGUAAUUUUCAUAUAUGUUCCAUAUUUAUACAUUUAUCUCUUUUAUUAAUGGUUAUAUUAUUAAUGGGUACUUUAAGUUAUGACUUUUUCAAAUCUUAUAUUUCUAAAAAAGAAAUUGUUACAAUAUAUAUUUGCGCAAUGUUAUUAGGUAUGUUGUGUAUACAUAUUUGUUUAAAUUUAUAUAUAUCCUAUAAAUUAUUAAUGCAGGUUCAAGUUUCUAAAAGUUUAAAAUCAAUUGAAUCCAAAAUACAUUUAAUUGUUGUUAUGUAUUUUUCAUUUUGUUUUUAUUUGUAUCUUUUUGAGAGGGGGAAAUAUGCGAUAAAUUCUACAUUUUCUGUAACUAUUAUAUUAGCUAUUAUAUAUUACUUCUUGCCAAUUUUUUUAUAUAUAAUUUUACGUUUAAUUUUUUUUGUUGUUAUCCUAAUAUUAGUAUUUUUAAAAAGAAAAAGCCCUACGCCAAAAAGAAUAUUAAAAAAGUUAAAAAUUAUGAAAUAUAUAGAAUAUAGAAAGUAUUGUGAAGAAAAUUUUUUGACAACAAAUUAUUUUUACAGUGACAAUUUUAUUAAUGAUCAGAAUAAAUGUGUACAAAAAAAUGAAGAUAUGUCUAACAUGCAAUCAAAUGGUAUAGGACAAUGUGUAAAAAAUGAAGAAUCAACUACAAAUGUGGUAAGUGAAAUACCUAUAAAUAAUAAUGAAAUAAGUGAUAUGAAAAAUAUAUCGACUAAUAAUGGUACAUUAGGGAUUAUACCUAAUUUGAAAGAUAUAAAUAAUAGCAAACAUGUUGAUAAUGUAAAUAUUAUAAAUAGUGACAAUAAUGUGAUUAUAAAUAUAGAAUCUCCUAGUAAUAUCCUAAAUAAAAAUGGGAAAAAUAAAAUGAAAAAUAUGUCCGAGGAAGAUAUAAAAAAAGAAGGAGAAAAAAUAUAUAAUAAUAAUUAUAGUAUAUAUAAUGAUCCUAAUAAUGUGAAUGAUGUAAUAAAUAUUAAUAUUGAUAAUGAUCAAAUUCGAAAUGAUAAUAAAACGGGUGUUUUUGGAUACUUUCAAAAAGUAUUAAAAAAAAAAAAAAAUGGAAGUGCAAAUGGAAGUGCAAAUGGAAAUGAAAUAAAUGAAAAAAAUGAAAUAAUAGAAAUACCACCAGAAAAUAAUGUAUAUAUAAAUAUAGAAACAUCCGAUUUAGUUUGUUCUAUAUGUUGUGUAGAAUAUGCAAAUGAUGAUGAUAUUUGUAUACUACCAUGUAAUUAUCUACAUUAUUAUCAUAAAGAUUGCAUAUUUACAUGGUUAAAAAAAAACAAUGAUUGUCCUUUAUGCAGAAAAAUUAUUGAAAAAAUAUAA